AUGGUUUUGGGGACCUGCAGGAAGCUGCUCUGGCCCCAGCUCUCGAUGCUCGCGAGCCCGCCGAAGACUGGCAGCCCCUCCCCGGCAGGAAGCCAGGGCGCGGCGCAAUCCGGAGAAAACACCCCAGCGGCGCCCGAGUUCCCUGUUACACUCGGACUCUUCCUUUUUUCUAGCUCGGGGCGAAGGCGGAGGCGAGUCGCCGGUGUCCCCGCCCCCGGGGCGGGGACGUCCCCCUCAUUUGCAUCGCCCCCGGGACGUGGCGCAGCACCCGAGCCACUUCCGGCUCGGAGGGAACUACAAGUCCCGAGAGGCCGCGGGGCCGCGUGCGUCACUUGUGCUGUGUUGGAGGCCGAGGGCGACGGAGUCCGGCGGGUGGGUGGGUCGGGCUUGACAGCGACUGCCGCCCCGGCAGCGGGGAAGGCCAGCCGAAGAGGAGCGAUGUCGCAGAUGGAGCUGGCGUUGGACCCUGGCGAUCAGGACCUGCUCGGCUUCCUGCUCGAGCAGAGCGGAGCAUGGGGGGAGGCAGCCGAUGAGUCGGUGGAGGCGCCCCCGGAUUGGGAGCUGCCGCUUUCCGAGGUACUGAGCGACUGGGAGGCAGAGGAUCUGCUGAGCACCCUGCUGAGUCCCCCGGCGUCGUUGGCCGACCUCAGCUCCUGCGAGCCCUCGCCUGUGCACCACGAUCACACUUACUCCCUCCCACAGGAGCAUGUCUCCGUGGACGUAGAUAGUGGGAGCUAUGGGAAGGAGGAGGCUCCGAUGACUCCGCUGUAUGUGGAGGAGCCAACAGAGCAGGAGGUUGCUAGGCUGGUACUGACCGAGGAGGAGAAGAGGCUACUGGAGAAGGAGGGGCUUACUCUGCCUGGAACGCUUCCUCUCACCAAGAUGGAGGAACAAGUUCUGAAACGAGUGCGGCGGAAGAUUCGAAACAAAAAGUCUGCUCAGGAGAGCCGCAGGAAGAAGAAGGUGUACGUGGGGGGUUUAGAGAGCAGGGUAUCGAAAUACACAGCCCAGAAUCUGGAGCUCCAGCAUAAAGUGCAGCUCCUGGAGGAACAGAAUCUGUCCCUCCUCGAUCAGCUGAGGAAACUGCAGGCCCUAGUGAUGGAGAUAUCAAACAAGACCAGCAGCGGCAGCACCUGUGUGCUGGUCCUGCUGUUCUCCUUCUGCCUCCUCCUCGUUCCUGCUAUGUACUCCUCCGACACGAGGGGGCGCCUGCCGGCUGAGCACGCAGUGUUGUCACGUCAGCUUCGUGCCCUCCCCAGUGAGGACUCUCACCAGCUGGACCUGUCUGCCCUGCCGUCAGAGGUACCCAAGGACAACACAAACCAAUUGCUGGUCAGCUCAGACCAUGUGCUCCCAGCCCCUGGCAACUCUUCCUGCCUGCUGUACUAUAUGCCUCAGCCUCCUGAUGCAGAGCCUCCCCUAACGUGGCCGUUCCCUGGCCUCUUCUCAGAGGCCCCCUGCCCAGACCCUAUCCUUCCCCUGCAGGCAAAUCUCACGAGAAAUGAGGGACAGCUCCCCGCCCACAGCCCGUCAUCUGUCAUCUUGCAGGGCAGAUACUCAGGUUAGAUGUGAGGAUGGGGAGAGGAGUCUCAGCAAAAACCUGGGCGGUGGGGGGCUGUCGUUCAUCUGUGCCCCGGAGAGGGCAGAGGGCUGGCUUCAGCUCCUGCGCCCUGUUUGGGAGCCCAAAGGCUCAAACACACCACACUUACUGGCUUUGUGGGUCUUUUAUUUGUGUACCCUUGUGUUUAUCACCCCAUGAAUGGACCUAGGGAAAUCAAGUGAUGUCCUAGAACAUUUCAUGCAGAGAGAGAAGGGAUGAAAAGAGAAAUAAAUAAGUGAUUGUGAUACCUGGA